AUGGAUUUGAACAAAUUGGAUUCGAAAGGAAAGAAAGGAAUCAUUCCCAAAACAUGGGAGCGUUGCAAGUCUUUUGGUCGAAAAAAUUCAUCAGAAAAUAAUCAACAUGCCUUAACAACAAAACGAGCUAGAAAAUCAAAAUAUCGAGUAUCUACACAAGGUUGUUUCUCCGUCUAUGUUGGAUCAUAUAAACAAAGAUUCGCGAUUAAGAUUGAGUAUGUUAAUCAUCCCCUCUUCAAGAUGUUGCUUGAUGAAGCUGAAUCAGAGUUUGGUUACAACAGUAAAGGUCCUUUGAGCCCUGAAUCGAGAGUCGAUUCAAAUCAGAUUUCCGCCAUUGUUGAUCCUUUGUGGAAGCAGAGGAGAAGUUCUUUUUCGCCAUUGUUGAUCCUUUGUGGAAGCAGAGGAGAAGUUCUGCCAUUGUUGUGGAAACAGAAGAUUUCUGUCAUUGUGAUUGCCAUUGUUGUGGAAACAGAAGAUUUCUGUCAUUGUAGUUCUUUUGUGGAAGAAGAAGAAAAGAAAUGA